ACAUUAUCUGUGGCAAAGCUCGGUAGCAAGCUGCUGUGAGCUGUCUCUGUCAGUCAUUCUUCCUCUGUGUUUUGGGCAUAGCGCUGCCUGUCAGGAUUCUCCUUGGGUGAUAAUUGCAGUUCGAAUUAAUCAUGAAGCCGCCGUACAAAAUUGCCGAUGAGAAGUUGGCAGAGCUCGGUCGCAAGGAGAUCAUGCUGGCAGAGAAGGAGAUGCCCGGACUGAUGGCAUGCCGCCGCAAGUACGCCCCAGGCAAAAUCCUUAAAGGAGCAAGAAUUGCGGGCAGUCUUCACAUGACCGUGCAGACGGCAGUGCUUAUUGAGACCCUCAUAGAGCUGGGAGCUGAAGUCCAAUGGUCGAGCAGUAACAUUUACAGUACUCAAGAUGAGGCCGCUGCGGCUCUGGUUGCUGUUGGAAUACCCAUCUACGCAUGGAAAGGUGAAACCGAAGAGGAAUAUAUGUGGUGCAUUGAGCAGACAUUAAUUUUCCAAGACGGAAAGCCCCUGAACAUGAUUUUGGAUGAUGGCGGUGAUUUAACAAACUUGGUUCAUAAGAAGUUCCCGCAAUUGUUAGACAAUAUUAAAGGUAUCUCUGAAGAAACAACAACUGGCGUUCACAAUUUGUAUAAGAUGUUCCGUGAAGGUCUUCUGAAGGUUCCAGCUAUCAACGUAAAUGAUUCAGUGACUAAAAGCAAAUUCGAUAAUUUGUAUGGAUGCAGAGAAUCCUUACUCGAUGGAAUAAAAAGGGCUACGGAUAUCAUGGUCGCUGGAAAGGUCUGUGUGGUCGCCGGCUACGGAGAUGUAGGCAAAGGCUGCGCUCAAGCUUUUAAGGGAUUCGGUGGUAGAGUCAUUGUCACAGAAAUCGAUCCCAUCAAUGCUUUACAGGCAGCUAUGGAGGGAUUCCAAGUAACAACUAUGGAGGAAGCUUCUGAAGUCGGGCAGAUAUUUGUAACCACCACUGGAAACCUUGACAUCAUUACCAAAGAGCACUUCCUGAGAAUGAAAGAUGAUGCUAUUGUUUGUAACAUUGGUCACUUCGAUUGCGAAGUAGAUGUUGCCUGGUUGGAAAACAAUGCUAAGAAAGUAAACAUUAAAGCGCAAGUUGACCGCUACGAACUUGACAACGGAAAUCACAUCAUUGUUUUGGCAGCCGGACGUCUUGUUAACCUGGGAUGUGCCACAGGUCAUUCAUCGUUCGUGAUGUCGAAUUCUUUCACAAACCAGGUCUUGGCUCAAAUAGAACUUUGGACAAGACAUAAUGUAUACCCUGUCGGAGUUCACACAUUACCCAAGAAGUUAGAUGAAGAAGUAGCUGCUUUACAUUUGGACCACCUUGGUGUUAAACUUACAAAGUUGACACCGAAACAAGCAAAGUAUAUUGGUGUCCCAGUUGAAGGACCAUACAAGCCAGACCAUUACAGAUAUUAAAUACCAGUGUGAAAUAAAAAAUAAGUCAUAUACAACUCGCAUUUCUUAAAAUCACUCUAAUAUUAAAUAUUCCUUAAGAAUAUUUAUACAUGCUACCAAACAAUAUGAUUACCAAAUCAAUCAUGUUUGUAUGUUUACUCGCAGAAAACAACAAUGCUGAUCGUAAUUAAGUAAAUACAUAAUUAAAAACUAA